AGAGCUUGCGCUAGGUUGGGUGGGAAUGUCCACUAGAUGCAGUUGCCGAUAAUAGCGCGUAUCAGCAGUAGAGCAGGGAUUGCGAGCGGAGAGGAGAGAAGAGGAGAGCAGCACAGCAGGCAGCACGGGAGUGUACUUGAAGGAGAGCAACGAUAUUGAUUCAGGGAACCAAGAGAAAAAGAAAGAUACAGAAAGCAUCUAAGAGCGCACAUCCUCAGAGGAGAACAGAACGGGGGUGGAAGUUGGAAGACUGUGAGAACUCAUCAGAUCUCUCAGUGGAAAUGCUGAGCUGAGGUCAGCAAGGAAGAGUGUGGGAGAGGAAAGCAGCUGAACCGACCCGGACGGUGGAUUGUCUGGUAGUCGACGGGUGAGGGAACAGUGCUAAAAGUUCAGAUUCGGCACGCACCUGCCUGUGGGACUAACGCUUUUGGAUAAUGCAGCGAGGCUGUGGGGCACGAGUGCUUGUGAAGGGCUGCCACAUCCACUAGAUUGUUUCCUCUUUAGUUUUCUAGGACAGCAGCGUGUGAUCAACUCCAUCCUCUUUAUUUUUGAAAGAUUCGAGUGCAAGUUCAACAUUUGAGGGGCUAUUCCAAGAGACAUGAUAGAGAAUGCAAUAAAGAACGAGGCUUUCGUUUCAGAGCAUGGAGAAGUCAAGUAGUGAGGAAUCAGCCAUUCAUCGUAGCCCCUCCGUGGACAGUCGCGACUCCGAUUUUGCACAAGCCUCCACCUCCGGACGUCCGUUCGGAGGACGAGGCUUCAACGCCGGCGCGUUCUACGGGUCCACGGGACCCCGGGCGCAAACCGCCACUCAGAGCGGGGCCGCCGGAGACGACAAAAGCAACAAUAAGUACAAGUCUCCAAAGGGCAGCAAGUACGUGGUGUUUUACCUGGAUCUAUCCUUUGUGUUCCUUCUAGAGUUCAAGAAGUUCAACAUGGCGAGAGGCUGCCUGUGCUGUCUGAAAUACAUGAUGUUCGUCUUCAACCUCAUCUUUUGGUUGUGCGGCUGUGGCCUGCUGGGUGUUGGAAUUUGGCUGUCUGUGUCCCAGGGCAGCUUUGCCACAUUCUCUCCCUCCUUUCCAUCCCUCUCCGCUGCCAACAUGGUCAUCGCAAUAGGCGCCAUCGUCAUGGUGACGGGCUUCCUCGGUUGCCUAGGCGCCAUCAAGGAAAACAAGUGCCUGCUUCUGAGCUUCUUUAUUGUCCUGUUGAUCAUUCUGCUGGCCGAGCUGAUUUUACUCAUUUUGUUCUUCGUCUACUCUGAUAAGGUCAGUGAGAACGCCAAGCAGGAUCUAAAGGAUGGUCUUGCUCUCUACAACUCAGAUAACAACAUUGGUCUGAGAAACGCCUGGAACAUCAUCCAAGCUGAGUGGAAGUGUUGUGGCGUAAUUGGAUACACAGAUUGGCACGAGGCUCUGAAAGAAAAGGUGGUACCCGACCGUUGCUGUCAGGAACAUUAUCAGGAGUGUGGCCGCAAUUCCACCAACAUGUUUUGGACACGGGGCUGCUACGAGAAGGUGGAAGAGUGGCUUGACGAUAACAAGCAUCUACUGGGAACAAUCGGCAUGUGUAUCUUGGUAGUUCAGCUCCUGGGAAUGGCUUUCUCCAUGACGCUCUUCCAUCAGAUCCACAGAACUGGGAAGAAAUACGAUGCCUGACCAGGCCACAAUGGAGGAGCUUUGGUGCAUUAUGGGAUUGACUCUGGAGGAUAGCCUCCCCUUGUAUCUAACUUGGCCAACCUGUUUUCCCAUUAACUCCCAAGCUUACCACACCGUCUUGUAUAGACCUCAGUCACGGUCGCUCUCUCCUCAUCUACUCAUCUGCCAAAGAGACCCGGGGACAUAGAGGAACGAGAGGAGCGACUCUUGGCCAGCAUCCUCCCCAUAAAGCCUUUAACUGACUUUCGCCCUUCAUCUCCACUAGAACCUUUAUUUUAUGCUUGAACUAACUAGCGUUUGCAGGAAGGAGAGCAUUGCUGAGGAACUGCGUGGCUUUACUAAUACGUAAAUCCCUCCCCCUGUCCUGCAAGGCAAAGAGAAGACAUGAGACUGGUAGUUUUGAUACCUUUGGGGUGUGAUGAAUCGAAAGGCAUUAUCACCCCGUCUACAGUGUAAAGACAAACAGCUUCAUUUUUAGCAUGUUAGCAGUUUUAUACCAGACGGAGAUCUUUGUCAUUUUAGCGCAAGACUUCUUUUUAUGUUUGUUACUUUUUAUCAACCCUGUCAUUAUUAUUUUUACAAAUGAGACAUCGAGUUUUCUGACUUCGACCUCAGAUCCAAGAUGUGUGUGUGUGUGUGUUGUUUUUCCUUUUGUGAUUUGAGGGGCACUGAAAGUGCUAAAAGUUUUACCUUGAGAGAACCUAAAUGUCAGUUUAAUAAAUUGAAAACUAUCAUUAUGCAGACUGUCAGAUUACCCAGGCUUCCAGGUACUCAAUACUUGGAAAAACGCUGUCUUUGUCAAACAAUUAAAGGUCAUUUUAUCUAAAUUGUCACACUUGUUGACGGCGUAGACAGCGAAAUGCAGUUUUUAUAGGACAGAAGUGACUGCAGCUUAGAAAAAAAAGUGUGCCAAGCUUUUCUAAAGGCCAGAUCUUUGACUAUUGACCACCUGAAAAACAUUAAGACAGAGCUUAGCAAAGCAUCUUUCUUCUUAUCAGAGCUAAUGCAUGUCUUCAGAUCGCUCCUGCACAUUUACAUUUAAGUCCCUGCCAGAGGCGUUCGCUACAAAGUGCACAUUAAAGUAAGUGAAAGUUACUUUAACAGAAAGUUACAGAUUCUGAUACUGCCGCUUUCAUGCCAAUGGUUGGUUGUAUUUGCGAGAUGAGUACACACGAAUACCAACUCGAACUCAAGUAUGCAAGUAAAUUUGAUUGUGAAUGUUCACUACAAUUUUAUAUGUGCAUCUUUUUUGUAUACUGUUAAUGAGAAAUGGCUGUUCGAGAGCAAACUGGCUAUUUUUUCAACGCUAUCUCAUGGCCAUUUCUACGAGGUGGCUGAUUCGUAUUAAUUGGUACGACCACAUUCGUACAUUUUUGUACGAUUUCCCUUGACACGUGUGAUGUAGGGAUUUGGGGUUUCUUUAUAUUUUAUUUGAUAAUCGUACAUUUUUGCACAAUGAACUUCGUACGAAUACAUACGAAUUAGCUAACACGUAAAAAAUUUGCGAAUUCUCAUGAGCCCAUACAGCAAAAAAAAAAAUGGAAAAAAAUAUUUUUAAAUAUAUAUCAAAAUAUGGCCCAAUUUUUUUGCUGAAAUAUAUUUUGGAAUAUAUUUACAAAAAUAUACUUUUCACUGAUUUUUUUAAUAUUUUGAAAUAUAUUUUAAAAAUAAAUUUUAAAGCAUCAAAAAAUAUAUUUAGGCCUCCAUAUAUUUCAAUCCAAGGAAAUAUUCACAUGGCAUUUGAAGAAAACUUUGUUACGCACCUGUGAACAUUACAGUUUUAAAAAGGUUAAAAUUAAAUAUAUGUUCAACUUUAAAAUAUACUUUACAAUUAACUUGUAUUUAGCAUACAUUUAAAAUACAUGUAGGCAAAAAAAAAAACAUUUUGCCAUAUGGGAUGUAAAAUUAGAAAUAUAUUUGCCUGCCUUUGAAGGACAUUUUGAAAUAUGUUGAAGGUUAAAACUAACUAUAUUUCCAAAUUCAAAAAUAUAUUCAAUUGAGCAUAACAUUCUACAAAAUGUAUAUUUAAAAUAUAUUUUUGGCCAGAGAAAUUUGUUUUUUUGCUGUAUGCACUGCAAAAAAAUAAUUUUCAAGAAAGACUAUUCUUAGUAUUUUUGUCUUGUUUUCACUGAAAUUCUUAAAUCAAGAUACUUUUUCUUGAUGAAAAUAAGUCUAGUUUUUAGACCAAAAAUAUCAAAUUUAGGUGAUUUUGUGCAUAAAACAAGCAAAAAAAAAAAAAAAUCUGCCAAUGGGGUAAGCAAAUUUUUCUUGAAUUUAGUGUUUAAGAAAAAUGUUCAAGAUUUUUUGCUUACCCCAUUGGCACAUUUUUUGCUUGUUUUAUGCACAAAAUCAUAAAACAAGCAAAACAUUCUACAAAAUGUAUUUAGCAUAUAUUUAAAAUAUAUUUUUGGCCAGAGAAAUUUGUUUUUUUUUUUUUGCUGUAUGCACUGCAAAAAAAUUAUUUUCAAGAAAGACUAUUCUUAGUAUUUUUGUCUUGUUUUCACUGAAAAUAUCUAAAAAUUCUUAAAUUAAGAUACUUUUUCUUGAUGAAAAUAAGUCUAGUUUUUAGACCAAAAAUAUCAAAUUUAGGUGAUUUUGUGCAUAAAACAAGCAAAAAAAAAAAAAAUCUGCCAAUGGGGUAAGCAAAUUUUUCUUGAAUUUAGUGUUUAAGAAAAAUGUUCAAGAUUUUUUGCUUACCCCAUUGGCACAUUUUUUGCUUGUUUUAAGCACAAAAUCACUUAAGUUUGGUAUUUUAAGUCUAAAAACUAGACUUAUUUUCUUGUUUCGUUUUGCUCAUCAAGAAGAAGCAUUUUAGUUUAAGAAUCUUUAGAUAUUUUUACUGAAAUUAAGACAAAAAUGCUAAGAAUUUUUUUCUUGAAAAUCAUUUUUUGCAGUGUGGGAGAUCAGGCUAUUUCCCGUUCACCCAAAAACGAGUUUAAAUUAUGUCAUGCAAUGGCAAAGCGACGGGAUCUCAUUCAUUUCAAUGAAAGUUUUGCCGAUUUCUGGCAACCGGAAGUGGGCGUGUCCAGAUACAUGACAACAGUCAACUUUAUGCAAAUGAAGAGCACAAUUCGGGAGCGACAACCAAUAAAGUGAAGUGUGUAUAGUGAGUGAAGCAGCACGUCAUCCGUCUUUCGCCAUUUACUACGAGGACAGUUACUCAUUUACAGUUCUUACUAAAAUCAGGAACAACCUCAAUGAAAGAGACGAGUGACACACCGCGAUUAAGUUACUCACCAUCAUGUUGUUGUAAACCUGUAUGAGUUGCUUUCUUUUGUUGAACAAAAAAGACGAUAUUCCGGUAAACGAUGGUAAGCACACAGUUGAUGGCACCCAAUGACUUCCAUAGUAUUUGUUUUUCCUACUAUGGAAGUCAAUGGGUACCGUCAACUGUGUGGUUACAUCAUUUAUCCAAAUAAUUUCAUUUGUGACAGAAUAAAGUAACAUGAGGGUGAGUAAAUGAUGACAGAUAAACAAAAAUCUCUGUAAUCCGUGUAUCCCUGAAAAUGGAGGUCAUGAUAAAAAUCACAGACACAGCACAUCUUUUAGCUUAUGAUUUCAUUUGCAUUAGUGUCAAAUAAAGCUAAAACAAGCUUCUUCUCUUUGCUAAAUACUUAGCACAUUCACCAAGUCGAGCGUUAAAAUUCAACAGAAUCCUAAACAAACGUUAUUGUACAAGUUUGUGGACCGUGAUCCACCAGCCAUAAUUCAUUUGAGAAAAACAGCCUGCUGCGUUUCUGUUUCCGCACACCUCAGCUUUAUCGCCUCUGUCUCUAUCGCCUGCUUUUUUGCUGUCUCCAUCUGCUUUUUACUUCUCGAGCAUCGGGCCAGAACGGUUUGCAUUCUCUCUAACAUUCCUGCUGAAUGAGGCGUUAAUGCAUCCCUGCAUCACACGCCCUGAGGGAACUUGGUUUAAAAGAGUUUGAAGCGAAAGUGUGUUUACCCGCGGACAGUUUGAAGGGUUUAAAAUCACGUAGCCGUAGAUCAGAACGCGAUGAUGGUUGUUAGUGGAUGGUAAAAGCGGGGUCAUCUGAUGGGCUCCGAUCUAGACUGUCAGUAAGACACAAACCUUCUGCUUAAGGCUCUGUGUUUCAUACAGUAUGUGUCUUAGAGAGAUAGCCUUAAUGGAGCACUAAAGAUAGAGAGAAGAUAAUAACACCUCUCAUCCCAUCGGGCACUAACUGUCACGCUGUCUUUGGGUUUACUGUAUUUUUGAAAAAUUGCUUUGUAUUAAGAAACAGUCGGGACCAGAAGAGACAGCUGCUUCUGAUGUUCGUCCUCGGUUGGCGGUGAAAUUGAGACUGGAUGUGAUUGAGUAAAGGAAGGAACUCUGUCACUGUAUGUUGCUGCUAUCAUGGUUAUUACUAGAUCAGAAAAGGUGAAAUACUUGCACGCUCGACUUCACUCACGUCGUCCGCAAGCACUUAAAGUCAACACGAAUCCAAAAUUGACUCUAUUUGCUUUGCUUCUGGUCAUAGUGCCGUCUUCCUCAAAGCUUCAAAAUAUACGAUUCAAUUGGAAAACACAUAUUAGAGAAGUUAAAUUGGUUGGCUUCUGGGAAAUCGGUCUUGCAUGUUGAUAGGCAGCAACAGUCAAAUUAGUUUGCGCUUAACCUGGCAGUAUGGAUUCAAACCAGUUUGGUCUCAUAAGCACUGGGGACAACUUUAUCAGCGCUUUUGUCACUAGCGCAGACUGCUAAAUGAAAUCAACACGAAAGCUUUCCAGGGUUAUGCACACUUUUAGUUUGGAGUGACUGUUUUGUCUUCAAUUCUGUGAUUUUUUUUUUAUUUUAAAUCCAUAUCACUUUAAUUCUCCUCUGUUAAAUGUAUAUGCCCAUGUAUAUACUUCAUCCAUUUACCUUCGCAUUGUUUUCAGUACCUUUGCAGAUGCUAAAUAGAUGAAGUGUUGGAUGACACGCUGUGAGAAAUUAUGGUCCCUAGCUAUCACUGGGGGGUACCCUUUGCACCUAAAGAGUUUAUAUCAGAACCUCAAAGGUAUAUAUUGGUAACAAAUCUAUACAUAUUUGUUCCUAAAUGGUACAUAUUAAGGCCUUUUAACUCUUUCCCCGCCAUUCAAUUAAGAGUCAAUUAAGAGAAAACGCUUCCCUGCCAAUGACGAGUUUUUCUGGCAAUCCGUAAUACCGCUAUUAUCCACCAGGUGGAUAAUCCGCAACUUAUAAAAUCCGGAAGUAUCGCCCUAGGGCAAACAGCUGUAUGUCCAUUUAUGUUUUGAGGAUCGCUCUGAAUCUGAUCUCAAGUCCUUCACAAGAACAUUUUCUGGAAGGCAUUAAACUUUUGUGAAUAUCAUGAAAAAUGCUGGCGCUAGCUGGCAACUUUUUUUAAAAAACGCUGGUGGGGAAAGAGUUAACUUGGCUUGGGACCAUUUUCUCUGACAGUGUACAGCACAAAACAACCAGUUGGCAUUAGUGUUUUAUUUUAUUAUUUCAAGUUUUUGUUUUAUUUUUUCUUUGCACUGCAUUUGUGUCAUCCUUAAUACAUGCACGGCAAAAAUAUGAUUUUCAAGAAAAAAAUUCUUAGUAUUUUUGGCUUGUUUUCAGUAAAAAUAUCAAAAAAUUCUUAAAUGAAGAUGCUUUUUCUUAAUUAGCAAAACGACCCAAGACCAAAAAUAUCAAAUUUAAGUGAUUUUGUGCAUAAAAAAGCAAAAAAAUCUGCCAAUGGGGUAAGCAAAAAAUCUUGAACAUUUUUCUUAAACACUAAAUUCAAGAAGAAUUUGCUUACCCCAUUGGUAGAUUUUUUGCUUGUUUUAUGCACAAAAUCACUUAAAUUUUAUAUUUUUGGUCUAGAAACUAGACUUAUUUUCUUGGGACGUUUUGCUCAUCAAGAAAAAGCAUCUUAAUUUAAGAAUUUUUUUAUAUUUUUACUGAAAACAAGACAAAAAUACUAAGAAAUUAUUUUCUUGAAAAUCAUUUUUUGCAGUGUGUAAACCUUUUUACUACAAAUCAUCUCAUGAACCACAUCUGCAAACGUGUGAUAACAGUGUAGAUCUUUAUUUUUAACUGUUGUAAAUGUCUGUCAUAUAUCUAAAGGUGCAAGAGUACAUGCCUGUUAUUUCUGAACAAAGGUUAAGUCAAGUCCUUUUUGUUAUCUUUUUGUAUGUUGUCCGUUGUUGCAAGUUGUCAUUGUUCUGUGUCCUAUAUUUUGUCACAAAUUGACUUUAAGGGUAUAUUAUGCUUCCUUUCAUUUCUUACAAGUUUCUUUGCCUGUCCUAAUGUCAGAUGACAAUUAAUAUAUGUCGGGUUUUCAUAAUGGAACCGGUGUAUGUGAUGAAAUAUUUAUCAUACAGCACAUACACAUUCACAAUAUAGUUUCUAACAACCUAAUCCUGAUAUUUUUUCAUUUGAAGUUCAUUAAUAAUGCAUGACAUACUGCUAAGCCCAUUAUCUGAAAGCUGUGGUCUCUUCCUUUCUAUCAUAUUGAAAAUGGCCCAGACCGUAAUGGAGAAAUUCAUAGUCUCUCCAGAAUGUCUAAAUGCUUACACGUUUAUUAUAUCAUUUUGUACCCGUUCAUUUUUUAGUUUUAUGUUCAUUUCUUUAAUGGCUUUUGUUUUGUACCUAUUAAUUCAGAAACUUUUAUGUUGGUAUUUGAUGGUUCUGAAUUCUGAUGUUUUAUGGGACGCUUUUGCAGGGAAAUUGUUAGGGAAGCUUUUUUAUUGGAUUUUCGAAGUGAACACAUCAACUAAUUGACAUUUUUUAUUUUCUUUCAAAAACAGACACUGCCAUAAAAUGAUUUGGUUUGCUUGGAGUAAAAAAACAAACAGAUUAUCUCUGUCAUAUCAGUAUUUUUGUACUGCCAUCCUAACCACCACCAAGAUACAAGCGUAUGCUCUUGAGUGAUGUUUUCCUGUAGUGUCCUGGUGAGUGGCAGUUAUCAGAUAUCUUGUGAACCCAAAUUUGUCCUGUGGAGUAUUUUGUAAAGCACUAUAAAUAUAUUAGGUGGUGCACUAAAAUGCAUUCUUUAAAUCCUACUAUUUUUUAAAUAAAGGAAAGUGUGUUGCCAAACCCAUUGA